AUCCAGUGUCCACUUGUCUCUUCUUUCUGUGAGAACAUCACACAGGCGUCACCACCUUCAUGUGUCGGAUUAUUUUCUAAAGGCUCACAUUACGUGAGGAAGCAGCUCAGAAGAGGCAAGAAAAGGAGCCAGGCAUGGCUCUUCCUCAGGGACGCCUGACCUUCAGGGAUGUGGCUAUAGAAUUCUCUUUGGUGGAGUGGAAAUGCCUGACCCCUGCACAGAGGGCUUUAUACAGGGAAGUGAUGUUGGAGAACUACAGGAACCUGGAGUCUGUGGAUAUCUCUUCCAAGUGCAUGGUGAAGAUGGGCUCAUCAACAGGACAAGGUAAUACAGAAAUGUUUCACACAGGGACAUUGGAAACACAUAAAAGUCAUCACACUGGAGAUUUUUGCUUCCAGGAAAUUGAGAAAGACAUUCAUGACUUUGAGUUCCAGUGGCAGAAAGAUGAAAGAAAUAGCCAUGAAGCAUCCAUGACACAGAUCAAGAAGUUCACUGAUAGUAAAGACCGAAACGAUCAAAGGCAUGCUGGCAACAAGCCUAUUAAAGAUCAGCUUGGAUUGAGCUUUCAUUUGCAUAUGCCUGAACUGCACAUAUUUCAGACUGAAGGGAAAAUUGGUAAUCAAGUUGAGAAGUUAGUCAACGAUGCUUCUUUGGUUUCAACAUCCCGAAUAAAUUUUUGUAGGCCCCAGACUUAUAUUUUUAAUAACUAUGACAAUAAUUUCCUCCAUUCUUCAUUACUCACACAAAAACAGGGAGAUCACAUGAGAGAAAAAUCUUUCCAAUGUAAUGAGAAUGGCAAAGGCUUUCAUUGUAGCUCACUGUUAAGGAAACAUCAGACAGUCCAUUUAGGAGAGAAACAAAUAGAAUGUGAUCUAUGUGGCAAGGUCUUUAAUCAGAAGCGAUACCUUGAACGCCAUCGUAGAUGUCACACUGGUGAGAAACCUUUCAAGUGUAAUGAGUGCGGCAAGUCCUUCAUUCAGAUGUCAUCACUUACCUGCCAUCGUAGACUUCAUACUGGAGAGAAACCUUACAAGUGUAAUUUGUGUGGCAAGACGUUCAGUCAAAAUUCAGCCCUUGUAAUUCAUAAGGCAAUUCAUACUGGAGAGAAACCUUACAAGUGUAACGAAUGUGGCAAGGUUUUUAAUCAACAAUCAAACCUCGCAAGUCAUCAUAGACUUCAUACUGGAGAGAAACCUUAUAAAUGUAAAUGUAAUGAGUGUGGCAAGACUUUUGGUCGAAAUUCAGCCCUUGUAAAUCAUAAGGCAAUUCAUACUGGAGAGAAACCUUACAAGUGUAAUGAAUGUGACAAAGUUUUUAAACAACAGUCGAGCCUUGCACGUCAUCACAGACUUCAUACUGGAGAGAAACCUUACAAGUGUAAUGAGUGCGGUAAGACCUUCAAUCAGAUGUCAUCCCUUACAUGCCAUCGUAGACUUCAUACUGGAGAGAAACCUUACAAGUGUCAUGAGUGUGGCAAGACCUUCAGUCAGACAUCAUCCCUUCUAUGCCAUCGUAGACUUCAUACUGGAGAGAAACCUUACAAAUGUAAGGUUUGUGACAAGGCCUUCAGGCGCGAUUCACACCUGGCACAACAUACUAGAAUUCACACUGGAGAGAAACCUUACAAGUGUAAUGAGUGUGGCAAAGCCUUUAGUGCACAACGUCGUUCAUACCUUGCAGUUCAUUGCCGAAUUCAUACUGGAGAGAAACCUUAUAAGUGUAAUGAGUGUGGAAAGACCUUCAGUCACUCGUCAUCCCUUGUAUGCCAUCGUAGACUUCAUACUGGAGAGAAACCUUACAAGUGUAACGAGUGUGGCAAAACCUUCCAUCACAAUUCAGCUCUCGUACUUCAUAAGGCAAUUCAUACUGGAGAGAAACCUCACAAGUGUAAUGUGUGUGGCAAGAUCAUCGGUCACACUUCAGCCCUUGUCAUUCAUAAGGCAAUUCAUACUGGGGAGGAACCUUACAAGUGUACUGAGUGUGGCAAGGUUUUUAAACAACAGUCAAGCCUUGCACGUCAUCAUAGACUUCAUACUGGAGAGAAACCUUACAAGUGUAAUGAGUGUGGCAAAGUUUUUAAUCAACAAGCAACACUUGCACGUCAUCAUAGGCUUCAUACUGGAGAGAAACCUUACAAAUGUGAAGAAUGUGACAAAGUUUUCAGUCGCAAAUCCUAUCUUCUAACACAUGGGAGAGUUCAUACUGGAGAGAAACCUUACAAAUGUGAAAAAUGUGACAAAGUUUUCACUCGCAAAUCACACCUUGAAACACACAAGAGAAUACAUACGGGAGAGAAACCAUACAAAUGUAAGAUUUGUGACAAGGCUUUUGCGUGUAAUUCAUACCUGAAAAAGCAUACUAGAAUUCACACUGGGGGAAAACCUUACGAGUGUAAUUAGUGGAGCAAGACCUUUGCUCAAAAU